UCUUGUCCUUGUGUGCAUGCAGCCAAGCCCCUGGGGCCCAGCCCAUGGAGGCAUGCCGGGGGCUGAGGUCGGUCAACAGCUCGGAGGGGGGCUUGGAGUUCAACCCCACGGAGGAUUACAUGAUCCUCAGCAGUUCGCAGGCGACGGCAGUCGGGGUGAUGUGCCUGCUUCUGGGCCUGCUGAGCGCCCUGGAGAACGCGGCGGUGCUCUACCUCAUCGCGUCCUCCCGCCGCCUCCGAGGGAAGCCCUCCUACCUCUUCAUCGGCAGCUUGGCCACCGCCGACUUGCUGGCCAGCCUGGUCUUCGCCUACAACUUUGUCGUUUUCCACGUCUUCCACGGCAAGGACAGCAUAAGCGGGUUCCUGCUCAAGAUCGGCAGCGUGACCUUGGCCUUCACGGCCUCGGUGGGCAGCCUGCUGCUGACCGCCGCUGACCGCUACCUCUGUCUGCUCUACCCGCCCGCCUACAAAACGCUCCUCACCCGGGGCAGGGCAUGGGGGGCCUUGGGCGUCAUGUGGGCCCUCUCGGCCUUCAUCUCCUACCUGCCUCUCAUGGGGUGGACUUGCUGCCCCAAGCCCUGCUCCCAGCUUUUCCCACUCAUCCCCAACGACUACCUUGUGGGCUGGCUUGUGUUCAUCAGCCUCCUCUUCGCCAGCAUUAUCUACACCUAUGGGCGCGUCCUCUGGAAAGCCCACCAGCACACAGCCAGCUUGGCAGGGCACCAAGAAAGGCAGGUGCCAGGGGCGGCCCGGAUGAGGCUGGAUGUGAGGUUGGCGAAGACCCUGGGGCUGGUGCUGGCUGUGCUGCUCCUCUGCUGGUUGCCCUCCUUGAUCCUCAUGGUUUACAGCGUGCUCACCCCGCUGAGCCGCCAGGACAAGGAGGCCUUCGCCUUCUGCUGCAUGCUGUGCCUCGUCAACUCCAUGGCCAACCCUGUCAUCUACGGCCUGCGCAGCGGGGAGAUCCGCUCCUCCGCCCACCGCCGCCUGGCCCGCUGCAGGAAGCUCCUGUGGGACCGCGACCUCCAAGGGAAAGAGGAAGCCAGGUCCUCCAUCACCGAGACGGAGGCGGAGGGGAAGUUCACCUCAGAUCACACCCCAGAAUCCUAGGCUGCUCCCACAGACUGAGGGGCCUCCUUCCCACCCGCAAACAAUCCGCAGACAUCGCUU